AUGGGGAGGGCCCGUGGAAGGGGUGUCACUGCUCGCUUCACGCUUCAAGAGGCUGCAGCAGAGGCGGCGGGGCUGAGCCGCGGAGGAGACGGGGUUUGUAGCAGCCUCCGCAUUUCUCCUUGCAGCCCCAGCGCCACCGCCCCUCGCCGGGCCGCGGCGCGCGUUAGGCCGCGCAAAGUGAGCGCGGGCGCCGGCCGGCUGCACCUCACCCGGGACCGGAGGGCAGAGCGCGGUGGGGCCGCGGCGGGGGUACUGCGCGAGCCGGGCGGCCCGCGCGUCUCCGGGGCGCACCAGCUGCGGCUGCCACCGGGCCGCGGCCGGGGUGCGGCGGCGCCGGGGACACUGGACCUAGCGCUGCAGUAUGUGCUGGCUCUCUACCACUGCCAUGUGUUCCUGAAGCGCUUCCUGCGCUUGCGGUACCGGCGGCAGCCAGAGCAGCGGCAGCAGCCGCAGCAUCGGCCCGGCGCGCCCCCCGCCCCUCUGGGCGCCCGGGCCCCUGUGGCUGCAGGUGGCCGGAGGCGACUACCCCGAGACACUCGGGGCGUCGGAGGAGCCUCCGGUCAGGGGCUGCCGGACCCGCUCCGCUUUCUUUUCUUCGGAAUGCACGGCUUUUUGGAUGAGAUCUUCUUCACUUUCUUCUUUAACUUACUGGGGCAGGGAGACGGGGCCACCAGCGGCCACACGUCGCUCUGGUCCUUCUUUAUUUAUGGCAGCUGCAGUUUUGUGGUGGAAAAGCUCUACUUCCACCUGCACUGCAGUCGUGGCUGGAGCGCUUGGAAGCGCGUGCCCAUCUACGUGGUCUUCGUCUAUGUGUGGGAGUUGUCCUGGGGUCUGGGACUCCGCAUGUGCGGUGCUUGUUCCUGGGACUAUUCUCACUACCCGCUCAAUUUCAUGGGCCUCAUCACCCUGAUGUAUUUACCUGGUUGGAUAUUUCUUAGUGUGUACCAGGACCUACUCUCCAACGUGUUGUGGCGGGUGCAGUACCUACCGACCAAAUAAGACAAAACAAAACAAAACAAAAGUCACUGGAUUCCCACGAAGCAAUUCGAUUUCCUUUUACACGUUUAAAACGGAGUGGGUUUUUUUAGCCUUUUAAUUUUUAUACGUUUUACUAAAUUCUUACAAUAGGUUUUAUUGGACCCUUUAGUUUUUAUGACACUUUGGAACCUAUGCAUAAUAAUACAAUAUUUCAAAAUACUGCUCAAGACAUAAAGUACUUGUCAAUAUUGAAAACCCCUUACAAGCCCAAGCAGUAAAACCAUCAUACCUUAACUUCAGAACCUGUAGUAUGUUCACUUUUGGGGGCGUAGGUGGGUGAUAACUACUAAUUUUUUUUUUUUUUUAAGUGAGGAGGUUAUUCAGAUCAGAAAUCAGUGAUCUUUACAAGAUUUGGCGAAAUUUUCUGAUUUAAUGGUUUGUUUACUUUCUUUUUAAUCCAAUUUCAUUUUAAUUCCUUGCCAUACUUACCAAUCACUGCUGAAACUCAGUAUCUUGUACUUCUAAAACUACAGUUAAUAGCUCUUAAAGUGCCUCCCUCUACUACACAAGUGAAAAAGAAACUGACAAAUGUGAAAACACAUCCUAUGGAUACAGUUUUAAACUCAGACAGGUGACACUGUGUUAAGAUAUUUGAUCUCCAUCCUGGAAAUGAUUGUUUUCCAAUGUGGAUUAGCCUUAAAUGCCAAGUGUGUUAACAUUGAUUAGAUUUUAUGUUAUCUAUGGCUGUAAAUUUUUGUUGUAAAAUGUUUACCUUGUAUGCCCAAAGUCCAAGCAAAGUUAUACCACUCAAUAGUGUUCUAACCCUAAGGACUUUUGCUACAUGGCGCUUCAAGAAUAGAAACGAUUCCUUGGAAUAAAAUGAACCUAAAUGUUCAUUAUACUCGCCUUUGGCCUAAUUGUUUACCGUGACCACAGAUACGUGUUUUCAGUGUACUUCUGCUACGGCUCACUUGUAAACAUCUUUCUUUUUGCUUCUGGGCCCACAGAGGUUUGGGGCCAAACCUUGAUGUGGUAAUGUGCAUUAUAAAUCCGUGAUAGCUUUAUGGUGACUCGUUAUUAAUGUCUGGAAGCUCCAAAGUUAAAUGAGAUGGUAAAAACCAUUUUAAGAAAUCAUGUCUAAUCGAUUAAUAAUGUACUUUAAGAUUGUUUGUUGUUUUUAUUAUAGUGAGAAAAGACAAGUAGAAUUGGGCGUGGCUCAGCAAAGGAUGACUAAUACCUUCUCAGUUUUUAUUACAAACGUAAUUAGAAAAACUUACAGUGUGUACAAAUGAAUAGUUUCUGCUUCAAACUAUUAGCUCAUCUGUACUAUGAAAGGGGCUUAUUUCUGUUUUCAGAAAAUGUUUGCUAUGGUAGUAAAAACGAAUAUGUAUUUAGAUGGUUUUCAGGAAUAAUUUUGAGAAUGUUAUUUUUUAAUCCAUUCUCUGAGGUUGCAAGGUAACUUAUAAGUAAUGCAAGAUAAUCAGCCCUACCUGUGAAAUGGAUCGUGUCACACUGAAUAUUUUAGCUGGUCAAAGUUGAAGAGCAGCUAUUGAAAGGAAGCUAAGUGUUUGCAGAAAGUAAAAGCGUCAGCUUAUGACACUUGGCCAUAAAGGAUUUCUGAAAGCCUUGGCGUGGACAAAGUGUUAAGUAUGGACACUAAAGUUAGUCAGAAACUGAGCAAAAUAUUUGUAAUACAAAUGUGACACACACACCGGAAUCUGAGUGAAGUGUGGCACCACUCCACACCACACAUUCCUGUGAAUGUUUAACCACAUCCUUGGCUUCUAGAAUACUUGUUAAAUGUACAGGUUUGCACUCAUAUCCUCUCCUGCACUCUACUGCUCCUCAUCCCUGCUUUCCUGCUUGCCAGCAUUCUUGGGGUAAGAAAUCUGUCAAGAGGUGAGAAAGAAAGCCUGUUAAUCCUAUUUUAAAAAUUGUUUUGUGUUUUAUUUUAU